UUGUUCAGUUGUAUAGUAUAUCAUUCCAGGUCGACAGUACAAUAGUUGCAGCACACACGCAGUGGUAUUCCUGACAGCACACAUCUUAGCAACUUUCUUUCCACAGACUGAGAUAUUCGUUUAAAUUUCUGAUGUGGCUUCGGCAUCAGAGCUCAAAGUUGAAUUGCUUGAGCUCCUCUCAUUGAGAACAGUAACGACGUCUUCAUAAUAUUACACAUUGGCCGGUUUAGUUCAACAUAUCCGUUUCUGUCUGUCAGACCAAUACAGCAGAUUAAUCCCAAGACUUUCCUAGAGAUUGGCUUUUGGUGGCAAGCAUGAAUUCCAGGCAGCACCGGAACAAGAGAUCAGGAAAAAGUGUGGUGAUCGUACAGGAACCAAACAGGCAAACACAUUCGGGACAGACAAACGGCAUUAUGCAAACACAACAUAUACCAGCUGAGGUACCCACAAUCAUUGGUGUGAGUGCUGUGCCGAUCUGUAGCCAAGGAUUUGCUAACUCCAAGGGGUUUACCUGUCAGAAGGACAUCUGGAAGAGUGCACUUGGUGUGUUGGAGACACAAGAACAGAAGGAAGAAAGGAGAAGAAAAUCAAUUAAGGCAAUGGACACUGUGUUUUUCAAUGAGUAUGAAAGUAAAGUACGACCUUGUAUUGAUCUCAUUGACCAACUGAGAGCUUUUGGUGUCGACAAAGAUCUGGGACUUCCAGCCAUCGCUGUGAUUGGAGACCAGAGCUCUGGGAAGAGCUCAGUACUGGAGGCACUGUCCGGGGUGUCACUUCCCAGAGGAAAAGGGAUUGUGACAAGAUGCCCAUUGGAACUGAAGCUCAAAAAAGUCAGAAAGGAGAAUGUUUGGAAAGGGAAAAUAAAGUACAAGGACUAUGUGCAAAUACUCAAAAGCACCACUGAAGUGGAACAAGAAAUCCACAAAGCCCAGAACACAAUCGCAGGACAAGGAGUUGGAAUCAGCCCUGAACUAAUCAGUCUUGAAAUCGAAUCCAGCAACGUCCCUGAUCUGACCCUUAUAGACUUGCCAGGAAUUGCCAGAGUGGCAGUUGGCGACCAACCAGUAAAUAUUGGAGACCAGAUUAAGAAACUCAUCAAGUCAUUCAUCCAGAAACAAGAAACAAUUAACCUGGUGGUUGUGCCAUGCAACGUUGACAUAGCAACUACAGAAGCUCUGAAAAUGGCCCAGGAAGUGGACCCUUCUGGAGAAAGGACUCUGGGCAUUUUAACAAAGCCUGACCUGGUUGACAAAGGAACAGAGGCAAGUGUUGUUGACAUUAUGCGGAACAUAAUAGUGGAAUUAAAGAAAGGUUACAUGAUUGUCAAGUGCCGUGGACAAAAGGACAUUGAUGACAAAUUGACCCUUGAUGAUGCAAUCACAAAGGAAAGAAUGUUUUUUGAAGAUCACGAACACUUUAGGCAACUUCUGGACAAUGGGGUAGCCACUAUUCCAUGCUUAGCUGGCAGACUGACAAACGAGCUUGUUAGCCACAUCAAUAAAUCUUUGCCACAGUUGAGAAAGGAUGUUGAAAUGAAACUGAACAAAACAAAGCAAAGUCUGAAAGACUACAGCAAUGGUGUUCCUGAUGCACCUGAAGAGAAAUUGAUGUUCAUGAUCGAGAAAAUCAACAAAUUCUGUCAUCAAAUAAAAAAUUUAACAUCCGGGGAAGAGACUCAGAUCCUCAUAAAUGGGAUGAGAUACAUCACCAAAGUACGAAAGGUGUUUGAAGAAUGGAAUUCAUUUCUGGAGAAGCAGUCGUUAAAUUUCCGGGAUGACCUGCGUAAUGAAAUUCGAGAUUUUGAAAAUAACUACCGUGGAAGGGAACUGCCAGGAUUUGUCAACUACAAGACGUUUGAAUCACUUGUAAGAGACAACAUUGUAGAAUUGAAAGAGCCGGCCAUUAAUAAACUGAAGGUUGUCACAGAACUGACAAGAACAGCUUCAAUUGAAAUUGCUGAAGAGCAUUUCAAAGCCUUUUCCAACCUUUUUAAAUUUGCCAAGAUCAAAAUCGAAUCCAUUAGCCAUCAACAAGAGAGUGAAGCAGAGAAGAUGCUGAAGGCACAGUUCAAGAUUGAGAACAUGGUGUACUCCCAAGACAAAAUCUACAGCAGUAAUUUAAGUACAACAAAAAACACAGCAACAAUAUUUGCAAAUGCCACUGUCCAGGAAAUGUCACACCAUGUACAAACAUACUACAAGAUUGCUUCUUGUCGACUGGCUGACCAGAUUCCCCUGGUAAUAUGCUACCAUAUUUUACAUGAAUUUGCUGAUAAACUACAGGCAGAGAUGCUCACAAUCCUCCAAGAUCGAGACCGCAUCAAUGAAUACCUGUUUGAGGAUCAAGACACAAAGAGGAAGAGAGAGACCCUUCAAAACCAAAUGAGUCGACUGAUAAAAGCACACAAGGCUUUGUUUGAAUUUGCUUAAAAGCUUAUUGAUUAACAACUUGAUGCGUAGUUCUUUCUACUUGCCUAAUUAUCACCUCAUAUGCAAGUGUUAAUUUUCUGUAGUUUCAGUUGCUAGUAACCUGAAUGUAUGUGUCUGAAGGUUACUGACAGUUAUCAUAGACAAAUUAUUACAACAAGGUGGAGGAUCAUCGUUAUCUUCCUCACUUGAGAUCCAUACUUUCACCAAGAUUCGCUGGGAAGUCAUCAGGCUGAUCAAUCUUCACUCAUUCACUCUUUCCAGUCAUACAAUAACUCUGAAUGUCACUGACUGAAGUUGGCCAACAUGGUAUAGGCUAUGGGCUGAGCUUUGAAAUCUCUUUGGUAGCAUGACUCAGUUACUCGCUGAGGAUUGAACUUUCAAGGUCUUGUCUUUGAGAUGUUGCAUAAUGUCUUCCAAAGAAAAAUUAACUUCUUCAGAGUUACUAUCACAAACCUCUAGAAUAGUUAGUUUCUUGUGGUGCAUUGAGAGUGUCCCAGAUGCAGGAAUCUGAGUUCAAGUCCCACCUGCUCCAAAGGUGUAUGAUGACAUCUCUGAACAGAUUGAAUUAAAAAGAAUGUCAUGCAUUGAGAAUCUAAUGCAGUUUGUGAAACUUGCUGUGACAAUCUGUUUCAAUUCAUAAAAGGUUUAGACUGGAGUAUGUAGAAGUAAAUAAAGUACUUCAGAAGCUGGAAAUCCACAUCGGAAACAAAGUACUGGAGAAACUCUGUAGGUCUGGCAGCAUCUGUGAGGAGAGAAACAGAAUUUAAUGCUGCAAAUGCUGAU